CUUCCAGAAAGGCAGGGAGUUUGUUUAUUAUAUACUGUGUCUUCUUGGAGUUUCCUGUGGUGCUUCAGGAUAGCCUCUUCUGUGUCUGACUUUGGCUCAUGAUUCAUUAUUAAAGCACAUGAAAUUGACUACAUUUCAUAAGGUGGCCCUUUCUAAGAUGUUAUAUAUAUCUCACAUGUUCAUUUCCACACAUCCCAAAAAUGUCAGUGACAGAAAUCAUCAAGAAGACAUGAUGGAUAAGAUAUGAGCAACAGCAGAGUGUUGGGUCUGUGGCCCAUUUUUGCCUUUUCUUCACUGUCCUAUUUCCCCCCAUGUGAUCGUUUUCUAACAAAGUCCUUUGUAUCCUAGUCUUUUCUUUAAAAAAAAAAAAUGCACUGUAUACCUGCCAUCACUUAUUAUCUCUGGUAAUUGUGCCAUUUGAACUCCUCUAAGCCCUUUCUCCCAUCACUCCUUCAUGUAUUUGCCAUCAGUUUGUGUCCAGGAAACAGUUGUCUUUUCUUCCUUCAGCUAAUAUAGCUUUUCUUCCCCCCAUUAGGUUGAAACUGUAGGCGCUGAAGCCUUCCUAAAGAAAUUUAACAGGGCACCUGGGUGGCUCAGUUGGUUAAGUGACUGCCUUUGGCCCAGGUCAUGAUCCUGCAGUCCUGGGAUGGAGUCCCACAUCCGUGCUCAGCAGGGAGUCUGCUUCUCCCUCUGACCUCUCUCCUCUCAUGCUCUCUCUCUCUCCCAAAUAAAUAAAUAAAAUCUUAAUAAAAAAAAAAAAAAAAGGAAAUUUAACAGUUGACCAGCUUUCAGGCAAGGGAGAACUUUUAUUUAUUGCAGAUGUGUUAGUUACCUAUUGAUGAUAUAUAUUGUAGUUAUUUGGAGAUUGUAGGUAAUUGAAUGAAAAUAACAAACCUUAGACAUUUCUUAAUAUCAUGACCCAAAUUAUCUUGUAAUUUGCCUUUUAAAAAUUUCAUCUCCUAGAAUACUCCAGAAAUCACAAUGCUUACUUACUACAUCUUUAUAGGUGUUUCCCUUCCAUUUCCUUAUCUUAAUUUAUUUGCAUUACAGAGUGAGAGAAUUUCUUCGAAAAUUAACCUCUCCCAAUCCUACUCUCAUCAGGCAUCUUCACUGCAGAAUACUAGUAUUACUCUGAGACUUCUCUGUUAGCCCUUAGAGGCAGCAAGGAAGUGUUGAGGUUUCAUACUGCUCCGUGAACAGUUAUGGGUGUGAAUCUUUCAGGACUCCCUGAAAAGUCAGUCCUUGAUUGACUUUUAUCACAGUGGUGAUUCUUUUCUAUGAGCAUAAAUUACCAGUUCUGGCUUUAAUCCAGAGGGUUUCUAAAACAAAAUCUUCAAGUAAUCAUAAAUAUAAUUGUAAAUUAUUACUUUCUGAACAUUGUUGUUUUAAAUAUUGGCACUAAAAUCAGAUCUUUAGAACUGGAAAGGCCUCAGGAGAUCCUCUGGACCAAUUCCUUGGCACAAGGCAGCUAAAUUAUACCAUCUACUGUUUGAAGCAACUCACGGCCCAAGGAGAUAAUAAUGGGACCUGAAAGUAGGAAAAGAGAAGAAAGAGGUUGUGAUGGUGACUGGUAAAAGAGCCAUUCAUCCAUUUUAGCACCUAUUGUAUGUCUGUUAUGUGUGAGUCAGCGGUAAGCAAGCAGAUAAAAAUCCCAGUGUGUUCUCAUGAGGGAAAAAUAGAUAAGAAAGGAACUAAAUAGGGGUACCUGGGUGGCUCAGUCAGUUAAACAUUGACUCUUGAUUUUGGCUCGGGUUAUGAUCUUAGAGUCAUGAGAUUGAGCCCCAUAUUGGCCUCUGCACUGGGUGUGGAGCUAGAUUCUCUCUCCUCUUCUCCCUCUGCCUCUCUUCACCCCCACCCCUUCUCCCUCUAAAACAAACAAACAAAAAGAAACAAGCUAAAUAUAUGUCAUAUGUCAAAUAUUAAGUGCUAUGUAGAAAUAUAAAGGAAGGAAGAGGGCUAGGGUAUAUCAUGGUUGGGAGGGCAGCUUGAAAUGAAGUGAACAAGGAAGCUCUCAUUGGGGUGACAACAGUAAACAAAGACUUGAAGAAAAUGAGGGAAUAACAAGUGAAGAGACUGUAAAGCACGUUUCGGGCAGAAGGAACAUGAAAUGUAAAGGUUGCAAGGCAACAUCACCCUGUAUGUUUGAGCAAAAGGAAGGACACCAGUGUGGCUGAAAUGAAAUGAAUGAGAUGGAAAGCAGUAGGAAGUGAGGGGCAAGAUCAUCGGGCUCAUCGGCCAGGGUGAAGACUUUUGGCUUUACUCUGGUAGAAAAUGUUGUUAGCCCAAAUAAAUCGAGAUUCUCAGGGAAUGACAGAGUUUCCUGGAGGAGGAAUGGAGGCUCAACACGUUACCCUGUGCCUGACAGAGGCAGUAACGGUGGCAGAUGGUGACAAUUUAGAGAAUAUGGAAGGUGUAAGCUUGCAAGCUGUAACACUUGCAGAUGGUUCCACCGCUUAUAUACAACAUAAUUCUAAAGAUGGAAAACUCAUAGAUGGCCAGGUCAUUCAGCUGGAAGAUGGUUCUGCUGCCUACGUUCAACAUGUACCCAUACCUAAAAGUACAGGGGACAGUUUGCGUUUAGAGGAUGGUCAAGCAGUGCAACUAGAAGAUGGAACGACAGCGUUUAUUCACCACACCUCCAAAGACAGUUAUGACCAGAGCGCCUUACAGGCAGUGCAGCUGGAAGACGGCACCACUGCGUACAUCCACCAUGCGGUGCAGGUCCCGCAAUCGGACACCAUCUUGGCAAUUCAGGCUGAUGGGACGGUGGCAGGUCUGCACACUGGAGAUGCCACGAUUGACCCCGAUACCAUCAGUGCUCUGGAACAGUAUGCAGCAAAGGUGUCCAUUGAUGGCAGUGAAAGUGUAACAGGUACUGGGAUGAUGGGAGAAAAUGAACAAGAGAAAAAAAUGCAGAUUGUCUUACAAGGACAUGCGACAAGAGUAACUGCUAAAUCCCAGCAGAGUGGAGAGAAGGCAUUUCGCUGUGAAUAUGAUGGAUGUGGGAAAUUGUAUACAACAGCUCAUCACCUUAAGGUCCAUGAGCGAUCACACACGGGAGACCGGCCUUAUCAGUGUGAGCAUCUAGGCUGUGGGAAGGCAUUUGCAACAGGUUAUGGAUUAAAAAGUCAUGUCAGAACUCAUACAGGAGAAAAGCCAUAUCGGUGUUCAGAAGAUAAUUGUACUAAGUCUUUCAAAACUUCAGGAGAUCUACAGAAACAUAUCAGAACUCAUACAGGUGAAAGGCCUUUUAAAUGUCCUUUUGAAGGCUGCGGUCGGUCUUUUACAACAUCAAAUAUCAGAAAAGUGCACAUUAGGACACAUACAGGAGAAAGACCAUAUUACUGCACAGAACCAGGAUGUGGGAGGGCAUUUGCCAGUGCAACCAAUUAUAAAAAUCACGUGAGAAUACACACAGGUGAAAAGCCAUAUGUUUGUACAGUCCCUGGGUGUGACAAAAGGUUUACAGAAUAUUCCAGUUUAUACAAACAUCAUGUUGUUCACACUCAUUCCAAACCAUACAACUGUAACCACUGUGGGAAGACCUACAAGCAGAUCUCCACGCUGGCCAUGCACAAACGGACAGCCCACAAUGACACUGAGCCCAUCGAGGAGGAGCAGGAAGCCUUCUUUGAGCCUCCCCCAGGUCAAAGUGAAGAUGUUCUUAAAGGGUCCCAGAUCACGUAUGUUACAGGCGUGGAAGGGGAUGAUGUUGUGUCUACACAAGUAGCCACGGUGACACAGUCCGGGUUGAGUCAACAAGUUACACUUAUAUCCCAGGAUGGGACUCAGCAUGUCAACAUAUCUCAAGCUGACAUGCAAGCCAUUGGCAAUACCAUCACAAUGGUAACGCAGGAUGGCACACCCAUUACAGUCCCGGCUCACGAUGCAGUCAUCUCCUCAGCAGGAACACACUCUGUUGCUAUGGUUACAGCCGAGGGCACAGAAGGACAGCAGGUUGCAAUUGUGGCUCAGGACUUGGCAGCGUUCCAUACUGCCUCAUCAGAAAUGGGGCACCAACAGCACAGCCAUCACUUAGUCACCACAGAAACCAGGCCUCUGACCUUAGUGGCCACAUCCAACGGCACCCAGAUUGCAGUUCAGCUUGGAGAACAACCAUCUCUGGAAGAAGCCAUCAGAAUAGCAUCUAGAAUCCAACAAGGAGAAACGCCAGGGUUGGAUGAUUAGUCCUCGAAACAGUGGAGCACUACAUCGGGAGGAGCCUUUCAUCUUCAGGCAGCAGACAUCCGAGAGCCCGGGCCCAGGAAAAUUAGAGUUUUUCCAUUCCUGACAUACUGUACACAUUUUUAUGCAAGAGUGGAGAACAUUUUAUUCUUGAUGCUUUUGUGUAUAUAACUCUUGGAAUAGAUUCCCAAACUGAUUCAUUGUGUACAAGGAUGUAUGAAAUUAGGGCAAUACGGUAAAUUUUCACGUUACUCUUUUAUCACUUUGCAAACUCCUAGAGUCUACGUGCAAGAUCAGUGGAGUCUUUCGGAGUCUUAUGAUGGAUUUUUAACUUACUGUGAAAAAGUAAAAUAAAGGCUGUAUCUAAAACGUCAAAGGUUCUAUACUUCAAACAAUCAAUUCCAAAAGCCAUCAUGGAUAAUAAAGGAUGUAAAGCCUUCGGAUAUUUCCCCAAGUUAAUAGAGUGUCUGCAGUUUUUGUUCUACUGUAUACUUGUAUGUUUUUAUUUGUACCUCACGGUUUGAAGACUAUUCAUUACAGUUUCCAUCCCUGUUAAAAUACCACCUCUUCAAGCUGAAAUGCUAAUUAUAUUGAAUUGGAUCCAUUACAUUGGAUUAUGUAUGAAAUGACAAAGUUUGGUUAUUUAAAAUUAAAAAGUUAAAUCCAGUGCUUUGGUUUUGUUAAAGAUUUUACUUAGCGUUCAAUUUUUUGUUACUGUUUUUUAAAAAUAAUGAACUAUCAAAGUUUGACCACAGGCUGGAGCCCGGGAUAACAGUGCUGUAAUUGAAAAUGGCUUUACUCUGAAAAUUAGGUUAGUGGGUCGGUGUAAAUUAUUUAUUUUUGCUUAUGUACUUUUGUUUUAAAGCUUAUUUACCCUAAAGUUUAUUAUUAAUUUUGAAUACAGUGAUUUUUAAAUUGUUA